AUAUUCCUAUCAUAAAAUUGAUGUUCAGGACAACACUGGAACUUUAACCUAAAACUAAAAGACUAUCUGUGUGGUAGAAGACAUACCACCAAAAGUGCAGGGUCAUCGGUAGUGUCAUUUAAAGCUUUCUGCACGACAGCACCUCAUGCCUUCCUGCAUUCAAAAGAAAACUUUUGCUAGGGUACCUCUGUUACAGCAAUACCACAUGGUCUGAUCAAGCUAGGCACAUAUUCUAGUUUUUUUGCUCUGUGACUGAUUCAUUUUCUAAUCACGUUUUAGUCAUUUUCAGCUCUAAUUUCCAAACUUUCUGCGGCAUCUAAAUUUUACUUAAAGGACAACAAUAAAAAAAACACCACUACUCACUGCAGCCCUCUUUGUUGCUUUCUGGUUUCUUCUGGGUUUCACAGUUGAGAAAGCAUAAAUUGUUUUGUCCUCCUCAUAACAAAGUCACACUUGUUUCAGAGAAAAUCAAGGUUAGAAGUACUGAAAACUGAGUGAGUCUUUUGGUGAAGAUUCUCUAAAGAAUCUACAAUAAGGUCAAAACAUGUUCAAGUCAUGGAGGAACGUGAAGAAAAAGAUCAAAGCUACAUUCAAACUGCAAUUUCAGGCAACUCAGGUGCCACGCCAAAAGAAACCUGCCUUGAUAAUAUCCUUGGUGCCAGAGGAUGUUGGGAAGACAACAUUCAAACUAGAGAAAGCUGCAGUUCAGGAUGGAAUCUGUUCAUGGGACAAUCCAGUUUAUGUGACAGUGAUACUCAUCAAGGAGCCAAAAUCAGGAAAGCUGCAUGAGAAAAUAUACCAUUUCAUUGUUUCAAGUGGGUCAUCCAAAUCAGGUUAUCUGGGAGAAGCUUCGAUUGACUUUGCAGAUUUUGCUGAUGAAACUGAACCAUUGUCUGUCUCCCUGCCCCUUAAAUUUGCCAACUCUGGUGCAGUUCUACAUGUGACCAUUCAGAAGAUGCAUGGAGAUUUUGAUCCAAGAAAAAUUGAAGACAAUGAAGAUCCCAUACUUUCUAAAGACAGAAGCUUGAAGAACCAGCUGAGCAAUGGCUACACAGACAAAAACGAUGAAAGUUUUACUGAAGACCAGGACCCGGACAUUGUUUUAUCUGAACAAGACAGCAGCUUCAGAACAUCCAUUGGUGGAAAUUCUAGCUUCAAAUCAACACUCAGACAAGAUUCAAUGCCUCCAAAGGGAGCAGUUGAUGGCAUCACACCGAAAAACCACUUGCAUUGUAGGACAAGCACUGAUUGGUCAAUGGGUUCAGUGUCAGACGGAAGGUUAGUUGACUCAACAAACAGCCCUGAAGAGAACCUUCCAAGAGAAUUACAAGAAACCUCAGAUGAAUCCAUUGAAAAACUGAAUAGUGAAUUAUCUAAUCUAAUGAGGCAGUCAGAAUUAUCAGAACUGGAAUUACAGACUCUUCGGAGACAGAUUACAAAGGAGAGCAGAAGGGGGCAGGAUUUGUCAAGACAUGUUAAGGAACUUGAAGAGGAGAGAGAUGCACUCAAAACAGAAUCAGAACUGGAAUUACAGUCUCUUCGGAAACAGAUUACAAAGGAGAGCAGAAGGGGGCAGGAUCUGUCAAGACAUGUUAAGGAACUUGAAGAGGAGAGAGAUGCACUCAAAACAGAAUCAGAACUGGAAUUACAGUCUCUUCGGAAACAGAUUACAAAGGAGAGCAGAAGGGGGCAGGAUCUGUCAAGACAUGUUAAGGAACUUGAAGAGGAGAGAGAUGCACUCAAAACAGAAUCAGAACUGGAAUUACAGUCUCUUCGGAAACAGAUUACAAAGGAGAGCAGAAGGGGGCUGGAUCUGUCAAGACAUGUUAAGGAACUUGAAGGGGAGAGAGAUGCACUCAAAACAGGAUGUGAACAACUCAAGUGCUCAAAUGAAGGAGAAUCCCUGAAUCAAUUGCGAGCUGAGAAUGAGGAUUCUAGGGUUCAGCUAGAAGAAGUCAGGCGAGAACUUAGUCAUCAAAAGGAAUUGAACACCAAUCUUAAGUCGCAACUCCAGAAAACGCAAGAUUCAAAUGCUGAGUUGAUUCUUGCUGUGGGAGACCUUGAUGAAAUGCUGGAUCAAAAAAAUGUGGAAAUAUCUUCUCUGUCUAGCAAGCUUGAUGAGGUUCAGGAGGAAAAUUGCAAAUGCAGCAAGAAAGAGGACAGAGACCAACAAGCAGUGCUUGCACUGGAAGAAAAGACUAGGGAAGAUAAUGAAUUAUGUCUACUGAAGCAAAGGGUGAUAGACCUAUCUGAUGAAAUUGAUGUCUACAGGGAAACUAGAGAAAAGCUGGAGAAUUAUAUCGAACAACUCACACAAGACUGUGAAGAUCUAAAGAGAGAAAACCAUGAUAUCUCUUCCAAGUUAGAGCAGGGCAAGCUACAAGAACACAAAACCUCAGAAUGUUCAGCUACUAUUAAAGAACUUGAAUCACAGGUACAAAGAUUAGAGGAAAAAUUGAAGACGCAGACAAAAGAAUUCUCAGAAUCUUUGCUUUCCAUCAACGAACUGGAAAGUCAGGUCAAAGGGUUGGAGAAAGAACUGGGAAAACAGGCACAAGGAUACGAAAAUGACCUCGAUGCCAUGACACAUGCCAGAAUUGAGCAGGAACAGAGAGCUAUCCGUGCAGAAGAGGCCUUGAGGAAGACAAGGUGGAAAAAUGCUGUUACAGCAGAGCAGCUACAGGAGGAAUUCAGAAAACUUUCAGUGGAAAUGGCAGGAAAGGUUGAUGAGAAUGAGAAGCUGACAAUGGAAUCAGUAUUUGAAGCAAACGAGCUCCGAAUACAGAAUAGAGUUCUAGAAGAGAAUCUUAAGAAAUCUAACGAAGAGCUUGCAAUGAUGACGGACCAGAACAGAGUAAAAAUGGAAGAAUUGUCAAUGCAACUAGAUUUGAAAACAAAACAUAUGGAGCAGAUGUCAGUGGAACUAGAAGAUGCUUCCAACAAACUGAAGCAUGGAGGAGAAAUGCAAGAGGCUUUUCUAGCGGAAGUUCGAAUGCUGAAAAGUGAGAUAGAGACCCUAAGAAAAGAGAAGAAUGACAUCUCUGAACUGGAAAAAGAAGUGAAAUUAAGAGAUGAAACUGAAAAAUUGAAGACAUCGUCUGAAGAAACAAAGAUACUAACAGAAAUACAGAAAAGUGAAAGAGACGAAAUAGAAGAAAUAUUUGCAUUGACAAAGAACGAGGCAGAAAACACGAGGCAAGAAUUAUUCAAUUUGAAGUCCUUAAAGGAUGAAAAGGAGGCAAUGAUCAAGAACCUUUCAUUGGAACUUCAAAGCCUCAGAGAUCUGCAGAUUGAGCUAAAAAAUAGCCUGUCCGCAGAAGAACAGGAGAAAGAAAAACUUCAGCAACAAGUACUCGAAUUAAAAGGUAAGCUGCAGAAGAAGGAACAGGAAAAUACUAGUUUCAUGAAGAAACUCACAUUUUCAGAUGAAAAGAACUCGGUGCCAAUGGAUGACAGAAUGCAGAUCAAAUGUGCUGCAACUAAUACUGCAAAUGUCAAUGACUUCCAAAAAAGAAAUAUUGGGGAAGACUUGCUGAAUUCUGAGAUGCACACUGCAGGAAGCAAGGGUAUUGAAAGAGAAGCAAAAACUUGCUCGAAGGAAGAACUGAGAGUUGGCACUUUCCACUCAAUGGAUGAGGGUUACCUGAUUGAACUGUUGACAGAAAUGGCACAGCUAAAAGAAAGGAACAAAUGUAUGGAAACUGAGUUAAAAGAAAUGCAAGAGAGAUAUUCAGAGAUAAGCCUCAAACUUGCAGAAGUAGAAGGUGAAAGGCAACAGCUUGUCAUGACUGUACGCAAUCUCAAGAAUGGUAAGAGGAGCUAGCAUUCUAGCUCUCUAAGAUAUCGGAUAUCAGACACAGAAAUGAAGCACUGGUAAUGCAGCUGCUAAAGCGAGCCUCUGAUGAGCAAGAUUGUUGCUCGACUAUUCUUUAUGCAUCUUGUAAAUGGAAGUCUAGAGGUGCUCGAGAAGCAGGUCCAGAGUUCAGAAAGGGAUAGAUGUUUCCUUAAAAAUAUAGUAAUUACACACUCCUUUGCUUUAUACAGAUUUUGUGUAUUCCUUAUUUGUGAUGUUCAUGUAGCUAAUCUAGUUGAAGUAUUGGUGCCUAACCUGAAUUGUGGCUGUAUUGCAGAAAUUAAAAGCAUUAGAAUUUUAAGAUA